UUGAUUGGUGGUAUUUAAAAUCAGCUAUUGCUGAACAUGACUGUGAUAUUCAUACAAAUUUUUUCCGAUGGAUAAAAUACGAUAAUUUUAAAAAUAUUGAAGUAGGUAAAGGUGGUUUUUCUGUAGUGUAUAAAACAUCUUAUGGAAUGGAUGAAGAAGUUGCAAUCAAGAUAAUAAAAGAUUCGCAUAAAAAUGAACAAGUUUUUUUAAAUGAG